AUGGAACACAGAGGUAGAAAUCCCAAUGGAACAGCAGUAGGACAAAUAUCACUAUUUGUCAGUGCUUGCCAAUUUCCAGAGGGAGAUGGGGGGUUUGGAGGUGUGAUGGAGUCAGUUGAGAACUCAAUGCAGUGGAAGGCAAAAGGUGAAUCAACUAACAACAAGGAGGAAGCUAAUCUGAAAGCUGUCAGAUGGGCCCUUAAGAAAAUAACAGCAAACACAAACUCGAGGAUUCUAUGCCAUGUGGAUUCCUUAAUCACAGCUGAGGUGCUCAAUGAACAGAGAGUGGUUGAUUCAGAAGUUCAAAGCAUUGCAGAUGAAGUUGUAAAAUUGAUGCAAUGUUUUGUGAAGGAGAUCAAGGAUGGGCUCACUACCAAGGUACUGUCUGAUCCCUGGGUUCCUUCCUUAUCUAAUGGCAUUCCUUUAGUAGCUGCAGAUGCUCAAAUAUCAGAAUCUCUGAAAGUUGCUGACUUAUUAGAGGAUGGAGGCAGAAGUUGGGAUGCAAAUGUCAUUAGGAGGAUUUUUACACCUCAUUCUGCUGAAGCUAUUCUGAAGAUCAAAAGUAUGGACCCUGCAAAGAGAGAUAGAUGGAAUUGGUCUGGAGAUCCAAAGGGCUUGUUUUCUAUUUCCUCUGCCUAUGCAAAAGCCAUGGUGAAGAAAGUUCUAGGAUUGGAUAGUCCUCAAAGCAGUAAUGCUGGGAGCAAAGAUAAAGAAGCCAGGCUCAGGUGUUGGAAGCUAAGGGUGAAAGUGAAGUUGAGACAUUUCUUGUGGAAAGGUUUGAUCGAAACCCCUCCUAAUUUCCUGUGUAUGCGUGCGUCCGGUGUGGCGCGGAAAGGGUGCUUGAGGCGUCUUCUUGCUAUGCUUGGAGGACGAUAG